GCACUGGCUGCCAGAAGGCAUGCUAUACUAUUUAGUCGCUCGUCAAAACACAUACCGUGUGCGCGUGUUUCUGUGAAUCCAACGAGUGCAUUUAUUUAUGUGCAUUACAAUUGCAUUAUUUACGAUUUUAUUAAGUAGUUACAUUUUACACAACCGCGAAGUUUCGGUCAGAUAUUUUGAUGAUGCCAAAUAUUCUAUAGUCUCCGGAAGUGUUUGGUAUCAAUAAUAAAGUUUAAAACUGAAAUAAUAAUUUGAUGAUGUCAGCUCUAACCAUGACCACGACGCUCACUAACGGGCACCACAACGGAAAACUGGAGAAUGGACACAACGGCUUCAGGAAAAAUGGUUUCGUCAAAUUACAAUCACAGGAUCACAGUUCACUUCGAUAUGCGGCGCCCUUCAGCACAGACCCCAUCGCCGUAGCGGAGCGGGAGAGGAUAUCGUACGGGCGCAUCCCCCGAGCGGUCGCGCUGGCCGGCACCGCGCCGCGCAAGAUCAGGGUGUACGCUGACGGCAUAUAUGACAUGUUCCACCAGGGACACGCGAGACAGUUGCAGCAGGCGAAAACAGUAUUCGACAAUGUAUAUCUAAUAGUAGGAGUGUGCAGUGAUGCGCUGACGCACAGUCGAAAGGGGCGGACGGUGAUGACUGAGGAGGAAAGGUACGAGGCCGUCAGACACUGCAGAUACGUCGACGAGAUCGUGUGCGACGCGCCGUGGGAAUACGAUGAGGAGUUUCUGGAGAAGCACAAGAUAGACUUCGUGGCGCACGACGACAUACCCUACACCACCGAGGACUGCGAGGACCUGUACGCCAUGAUCAAGGCCAAGGACAUGUUCGUCGCCACAGAGAGGACGGAAGGUGUAUCGACGUCGGACAUAGUGGCGCGGAUAGUUCGCGACUACGACAUAUACGUGCGGCGGAACCUUGCGCGGGGGUACUCCGCCAAGGAGCUCAAUGUCUCCUUCCUCAGCGAGAAGAAGUUCCGAUUGCAGAACAAGAUGGACGAGCUCAAGGAUAAGGGGAAGAAGGUGAUGACGAACAUCGGCGAGAAGCGCGUGGACAUACUGACGAAGUGGGAGGAGAAAUCGCGCGAGCUGAUCGACGCGUUCCUGCUGCUGUUCGGCCCCGACGGCCGCCUGUCCAGCAUCUGGCACGAGGGCAAGGGCCGGCUCAUGCAGGCGCUCUCCCAGCCCCCCUCGCCCCGCUCCUCCCCGCCCCCCAGCGAGAACGGCGACGCCACGCCCGAUCACAGGGGCUCGGUGUCGCCGCCUCCCACCAAGACGCGGCGGUGUGACACGCUAUGGGAGUCGCAAGCAGAUGCAUCGAGCUCUGAAUGUGUUGGGGAGUCGGAAGAGGCCGUACAGCGCGAGCUGACAGACGACGGCUCAGACAGCGACGAGGAGUACCAAGAUACCAGCCAAUAUCUAUAGAAGUAGAAUAUUAUAGUAAUUUGGAAAUGUAACAUAGUAUUUUUAUACGAUGUACAACGUCCAUAACACAUCGAAUGUUACCGGUAUGGUACGUUGCGGGACAGACAUACAAUAGGUGUUAUGUUGUUGUAUAUUAUUAUUUAAAACGUAUGAAUGUCUAUUGUCUAGGCUCUCGAUUGUCUGGUGACUGAAUACAGCGGAAUGAAUGUAUUUAAUCCUAUUAGUUUAAUUAUGAUAUUAUUUAUGUUUCUUUUGUGUAAAAUUUAUCUCAUAGUGAAUAUAUGCAGAAGUUCUGCAGAUUUCUUUAGCACCUCUGCUGUAACAGGUGUAAAAUUGUCACAGAAGUUUGUAUAGUACUUUUAUGAAGUAAAUUAAAGUGCUUAUCAAUU